AUGGAUCUUUUUAAAUUUUACAACAACCAGAGUCUGGAUGAUAUUGAGCUCCAUGGAGCCAAGUUUACCUGGACGAAUAAAAGGAUAAGAGAGGAUCUCAUUCAAGUCAGACUUGAUAGAGCCCUCAUCUCUAACGAGUGGUUUAACCAUUAUCAAUGCUCCCUCUUAGCUAUCUCUAGAAUAGGCUCUGAUCAUUUCCCUGUGAUUUUUGUUGCUGAUAACACUAUUGCUAAAAGAAAUUUCAUGUUCAGGUUUGAAAGGAUGUGGCUAGAUCACCCUAACCUUGUGCAGAGCAUUGAGAAGUGGUGGUCUAUUGAUGUUAAAGGUACUGCUUUGUAUAGAAUUGCCAAAAAAUUAAGAAAUGUGAAGGACAAUAUUAAAAAAUGGAAUAAGGAGGUUUUUGGAGAUCUAUUUUCUGUAAAGACCAAGACCCAGAUGGAACUCAAGGAAAUGCAAGAUAAAAUACAAAUGAGUGGAUACAAUGAAGUCUCAAUUAGUGAGGAAAAUGAAGUGCUGGUGAAGUACCACAAGAUUAUCAGAAGAGAGGAAGAAUUUUGGAAACAAAGGUCUAGAUCCCUAUGGCUUAAAGUUGGGGACAUAAAUACUAGAUUUUUCCACAUGACCAUGAUGAAACACAAGGCUGCUAAUAGCAUCUCGAAGCUUAAAAUUGGAGGAACUGAAAUGAGGAAGGAUGAUGAGAUUGAAGAGGAGGCAAGGAACUUCUUUACUUCACUUCUUUUUGCAGACUCUGGUCUGGAUGGUUAG